CCCGCCUUCUCGCCGGCGGAAGCGGGAGUGACGCAGUGAGGGCGACAACAAGAUGGCGGUAGCCAGCCUGCUGCAUGGCGCGUUCAGGCGGCUGUUUGCCGGGUUCUGGGGAAGCGGCUGGGUUUCGCCACCGGCUAGAGCCCUCCGGGAGGUUGUGGAGGUGACUGAAGGCAACACGACCAUAAUCGAAGGGAAAAUUACAGAGGAUCCUGAAACACCAACACCUCCUAACCCCUCUGGCCAGUGUCCUAUCUGUCGCUGGAACCUGAAGCAUAAGUAUGAUUAUGUGGAUGUCUUGCUGUUGAGCCAGUUUAUCCGUUCUGACGGAGGGAUGCUGCCACGAAGGAUCACAGGCCUCUGUCUGGAGGAGCACAAGAAGAUUGCUGCCUGUGUGCAGAUGGCGCACCGUGCAGGAUUGCUGCCAAACCACAGGCCUCUACUUCCUGAAGGGCAUGUUCCCAGGAAACCCAAGUUGAACAGGUAUCUGACUCGCUGGUCCAUCAGAUCUGCAAAGCCCAUCUGGAAGAGGGGCCCUAAGUGGUGCAAAGUUCCCAUGCCAGUUGGACACCUUCUUCUGAAGGAUAAUGUCAAAUUUGUACACAAGCCGCUUUAUUACAACCACUAGAGUCCUGAACUGGCACAGUCAAUGAGCACAGCUGUUUUACACUGUUCUACUUUUUUUUUUUUUUUUUGCAAGUUUGUCAGUAUCUCCAAUUUCCAAAGUCAAAAACUCUCAUUAGUGCUCUGUAUUGUCUCCGGUGAAUGAGCUGCAAUCUGCUCCUUGAGGAAAACACAGGAUUCAGCAAAGCAGAGUUCAGCGUUCAGAAUGAAUUUGGAGAAAGCAGGGGGCAAAGAUUUUACCUCAAAGCCAGAAAGGAUCUGAAGGCUUCUGUGUCAUUAUAGUCUACUACUGGGUUUGGAAAGGUGGUUUCCUUCUUUUCCCAGAAAUAAAUGGUAAUUCCCCACUUAUGUGUUUCACUUUGGAUUUGCUUCAUUUGCGCUAUCGUAUCUCUGAUCACUGACACUCCUGCAGCACUGUUUCCUCAGCAGUAACAAAUUAUGUUAAUGACUACCAGAGUGAAAUAUUUUUAUAAUCUGUACUAUCUGUAAUUUGCAGCAGAAAAUGCAUGUCAGUGGCAGGCAGGCAUGUUUAUUUCUUACACAUUUGCUUCAGUAUUCCUAGCUUGUGCAUCCCUCCUGGAUCAAGCAAAUACAGAAUGUUGAUGUUCUUGACA